AUGGACUGUGACUUAAUACAAAUUAACUUACAGCACUCUCGGAGUGCUACAGAGAAUCUUAAGAUAAAAUUAGCGGAUAAUACGAGAUUAAAAAUAGCAUGUGUACAGGAGCCGUACUUAGUCAAAGAUAAAAUGUACGGUCUCCCCUCAGUUUACAGAAAGUAUCAUAGCGCAAAGAACGCAAAAACAGCAAUUAUAGUGACACAUACCAAACUACCAUUAUGUCAGAUAUAUAGCGACCCAUUAGCGGUAGCUUUACGGAUAGAAACCACAAAUCCGUUUCUGAUAGUUUCAGCCUAUGGUCCACCUUCCCAAGAACUGGAUGGACUCCUCACCACACUCCAAAAACUAAUUAUGGAGAACGACUUGACAGCAAUCAUAUGUGGGGACUUUAAUGAAAAGCAUCCCAUAUGGAGCCCCUCUCACGCAGAUCCCCGAGGCAUAAAGGUUUGCGAAUUUCUCGCAGCCACGGGAUGCAUAGUAAUAAAUGAUGAUAAGACCAUUCCAACAUUCGCAGGGGCGAGAGGCAACUCCUGGGUUGACCUCACCUUGCAUAAGCAAAGAUAUGAAAAUUUCCAAAUCUCCAACUGGAGAAUAGACGACAGUGAGAACGGAAGCGACCACAACAAUAUCCUCUUUGAGGUAUGUAUCGGUCCUCAGGAUAUCAAAAAGAGCCUAAGAAUACACGUAGAGCGCACAGACUGGCUAGAAUUCAGGCAAAAGAUUUUCCGAAGUUAUGACCCAUAUAAGAUAACAUGUAAUGCAGACAUAGACAGGCAUAUCGCUCAAGCCACCAAAUUGUUGCAAGACACAUAUGACCAAACAAGAAAGAGCAAGGGUACAGGCCCCUUAAGGGAAAGAUACACCCCAUGGUGGACGGAAGACAUUCACCAUUUAAGAAAACUAGUCAGAGCACUAAGAAAACGUUUCCUUAGAGCGCCUAGCGAAGACAGAGCUUAUUAUAGACAGAAAUAUAAAAUAUACGCGGCGCGGUACAAAAAACUAAUUUACCGCACAAAGAGACAAUACUGGGACGAUUUCUGGGAACAAAUAACGAUGAACACGCCGUUUGGCACAUUCUUCGAAAUUGCUAAAGGCAGGUCCCCUCAAAAUAAGCAGACUAAAACGAGAAGAUGGCUCCUUUACGACUACCCUUGA